UAUGUGCUGCGUCACUAAAGCACUGCGGGACCCACAAACACUGGUGGUUCCCCUGCAGUGUGAGGGAGCAGCGAUGGAGGGAGGGAGAGAGGUGAGUGCUUCUGCAGCAGAGCAACAUUUAACCCGAAUGAGGACCUAAACGGAGGAACGUCCGCCUUAAAUCGCUGUGACAGCCAUGUUCUCAAAGCAACAUCGACUUCAGAUCUUUGGUGAAAUGUUCCUUGCAGUCUUGAUCCUGACCUCCGUCCUCUCUGUGUCGUCCCUGCCUGAGGAUCUGACAGAAUCAAGGAGACGAGUGGUGCAUGUGCUCGAGGAUGAGACUGGAGCAGUGAUUGUGCAGACAGCUCCCGGCAAGGUGGUGACACAUCGCGGUGGCUCCAUCACUCUGCCUUGCAGAUUUCACCAUGAGCCGGAGAACACGGACCCUGCUCGCAUCCGCAUCAAAUGGACCAAAGUGACCGAUGCCCUGCAGUUCGAGGAUGUCUUUGUGGCGCUUGGAAAGCAGCAGCGUGUGUUUGGCUCAUACCGAGGACGUGUGUCUUUGGAGCGGUCGGGACCGGGUGACGCCUCAGUGAUCAUCCAAAAUGUCACCCUGGAGGACUACGGGCGCUACGAGUGUGAGGUCACUGAUGACAUGGAGGAUGAUACGGGAUUUGUCAAUCUAGACUUGGAAGGGGUGGUCUUCCCCUACUACCCCCGUGAGGGGCGCUACAAGCUGAACUACCAUCAGGCAGAGGAUACCUGCAAACACCAGGACGCCAUUCUGGCCUCUCAUUCCCAGCUGCACAAAGCCUGGUUGGAAGGACUGGACUGGUGUAAUGCUGGAUGGUUGGAGGACGGCUCAGUCCAGUAUCCCAUCUCUCAUCCCAGGGACGAGUGUGGCCGCAAGGACACCCCGGCUGGCGUCCGCAACUAUGGCUACAGGCACAAGGAGGACGAGCGUUACGAUGCCUUCUGCUUUACUUCCAAGCUCAACGGCAAAGUCUACUUCCUAAAACGCUUCAAGAAAGUGAAUUAUGCAGAGGCUGUGAAGGCGUGCAUCCGCGAUGGAUCAGCAGUGGCCAAAGUGGGCCAGCUGUACGCAGCAUGGAAGUUCCAGCUCCUGGACCGCUGUGAAGCAGGGUGGCUGGAAGACGGAAGCAUUCGGUACCCCAUCGUCAACCCUCGCUCUCGUUGUGGAGGUUCCCAGCCAGGGGUCCGACACUUGGGCUUCCCUGACAAAAAGUUCAGACUGUAUGGGGUCUACUGUUUCCGCAAGUACAUGGACGAAACAGCAGGAGGCUCUGAAGCGACAAAACCUCUGAAAGGGAGUUUGCUAAAGUGGAAGAGCAGCAACAGUCUUCCAAUGAAUGCCACAGAUGCUAUUUAAAGCUGACACCCUGGGAGCUGAAGGGCGUACAGUUUUAGAUUCGACUGCAAUCACUCAGUCUCCAUUCAAUGCUUUAAAAGUUUAACACCCACGGACAUGAUGCAGUCGUCUGCCAAUUUGCCUGAGAAAACGACGGGGGCUGUGUAAAAUUAAUGCUGACAUCUUUAUUAAGGCGAUUUUCCUUUUGUCUGCAGUCAGUCGAUUAUCUUAGGGAGCGUGUUUGCACGGAUCUGUCAUCUGGAAAAUUGUAAGAUUAAAUAGCAGCUUAAUCAUCAGUCAGGCACACAUCAAAAACAAGCAAUUGGCUGCGAAUAUAGUUGUUUUCGUUCUUGUCAAUGAUAUUUUUGAGUCUGGGGCUUCAGUCUCCUCUGAGCCGUGAUGCCAGGGUGAAAACAUGAUCUACCUGACGGCGUGGAAAAAAAAAAGAUAAAAAUCAAGAUGCCCUGUGAGUUUAGAGUGCCUGUUUUUUCACACGCGGUUGGCAAACCCUUUGCAAUCUCAUCUCUGGAACUGUAUGAAGUAAAAAUUGCACUAGCUUUACAAUAGUUGCACUACAAAUUAAAAGAGCUCAAUUUUAUAGAUCCAUCUUAGUUAAAAAUUAAGCAUGCACGUCUUUUAUGCCAGUCAGUUGCUGCAGGGCUCUGAAUUUGCAAUAGUGAAACUCAAGAUAGCCAUUAAUUGUAGAGAAGGCUCGAGGCUAGCUGUAAGACUAUGAGCAUUACCUUUAUGACAGCGAAUGUUUGCAACUUUGCUUAUGAAUGUGGAGCUGGAAUAGAAAAUAAAAAAAAGUUCUGAACUUGUUUACUUGAUCAACA